CUGAUUCCCACUGAAUUGAUUCCUAUUAAUCCCACCGACUUCCUCCUACAAUCCCCCCUUAAUCAACACCCCUACAAUCAUUCCGAAAGCAACAGCAUAACGGUAAAAGUCAAGCUGGCAUCACCAAACCACCGCCUCAAACACCUCACCCGCCUCCUCCAAGUCCAAGUCCAACUCCAACCCCACCGACCCCUCACCACCACCACCACCACCGCCCAAAUGUCCCAAGCAAAAGCCAAAGCACCAGCACCCUGGUCCCCCCUCCUCAAAACCCACCUAACCUCCAGCAAAAGCAAAUCCUUCACCCUCUCCACCGUCACCCACCACCCAACCACCGGCCUCCCCGUCCCGCGCUCCCGCACCUGCGAGCUGCGCGGCUUCUUCCCGGAGGUGCUGAGCCUGCACCCCAGCGCCGCCUCGGCGCUCGACGCCCAGGGCAUCGGCCGGACCCCUUCCGGGCUGGAGAGCGACAUGCCCGUGUUCACGACGGAUAUCCGGAUGGCGAAGGUGGGCGAGUUGGGGGUCAGCGGCGGGCAGGUGGAGGGGGUGUUUUGGCUGGAGGAGGUGCAGGUGCAGUGGCGGGUGAAGGGGGGGACGUUUGUUCUCGGGGGUGAGGGUGGCGAAGAGGAACAGAAGAGGGUUUGGGAGGGGGUUAGGGGGCAGGAUGCGGGGAUUGCCGAGGGAGACUGGGACUGGGAACGGAUGGUGACGACGUAUUUUGCGAGUCAUUCGCCGGUUAUGCGAGGCACGUUUAGGAACCCGCCGCCGGGACAGCCGCGGUCGAAGCACCCGGAGACUUCGGAGCUGAGGAUCGGGCAGAAGGUUGAGGACCUGCGGGACCCGGUCGCGAGACGGAAUUUCCGCGUUGUGGUCAUCAAGCCCGAGGAGGUGGAGAUGUUGGAUCUUUCCAAGGCGCCGGAUGCUGUUCGUAAGAGGUGGACGGUUGUGAGGGAUGGGGAUACUGAGAGGUGGGAGGAGGUUGAGCUGUGGCCUUGAUUUUCCUGGUUACUGUUUCGGGAGUGUGGUUGGCACAAACAAAGACUGUGUCUUCUGGAGUGCUUUAGUUCUUUGGGUCGACAACGGAUUCAAAAGGAUUGGGUAAAAGUUCAAUGACUCUUUCAAGACUCUAUUGCUGAAACCAUUGUUGUCUUUGUUCAAACAAAGGCCUGUCUUGUGCCCCGAUAUAGCUCGGUCGGAUUUAGACUGCUAUGCCUUCAGGUUGUUCUGGAUAUAGAUCACUUUCGUCUCAGCUCCUUGUAUUUGGAUCGAUU